CAUGUUACCUGGUUGCUCUGAACUGCAGGGAGCACACGAAUAACCAAACCCCGCGGCUCUGCUUCGCCGCCAGUGUAAACGAAAAUCCUCCGCCUUCAACUCCGGCGCUCAGGUCCGCCGCCGCCGAGGGCCUGCAGCCUCUGUCGCCGACCAAAUGGAUUACCUCAAGACGGUGGUGCCGUCGCAGCUCAUGGCCGAGCGCGGCUCCAAUCUCGUCGUCAUCAACCCAGGAUCUGCAAAUGUGCGCAUGGGGUUUGCUAGCCAGGAGGUGCCAUUCAAUAUACCACAUUACGUCGCCCGGCGCAUCUCCCGGCAGAAGAAUGAUGCACCAAGGCUCUCGCUGCGGGAUCAGAGGCUCAAUUGCCGUGCUGGUUCAUCACAUAAUGCAGAACGAGAGAAGGCAUAUGAUACUAUUGCUUCUCUACUCAAAAUCCCAUUUUUGGAUGAAGUAUUGCCUUCAGAGAACCAACCCUUACCUCCUAAGAUGGGACGUGUUGAUGGUCUUUCUUCACAUCAAAAUAGAGAUGAUAGCAAACUCAGUUGGACUGAUGUGAUGGACAGAAGUAUCAGAUCAUCAAUGUCAAUUGAAAGGUCAGUACACAGCGAUGCUGAUGAAGAUCCUUCGCACAGCACAUCUGAUGAUGGUAACGGGCCCAACAACUCUGAAGAAAGCAAGUAUAAGGAAAUGAUAUUUGGAGAGGAUGCUUUGAAAAUCCCUCCUUCUGAGUCAUACUGUUUGAGUCGUCCGAUCAGGAGGGGUCAUUUUAACAUCUCUCAGAAUUAUUCAUUAAAUCAGGUUUUAGAAGAUCUGCGCACUAUUUGGAACUGGAUGCUGACAGAAAAGUUGCAUAUCAACCCAAAAGACCGAAAUCUAUAUUCUGUAGUUCUUGUUCUUGGGGAGACAUUUGACAGUCGAGAAAUAAAAGAGAUGCUGUCCAUUGUACUUUGCGAUUUGGGGUUUAGCACAGCUGUGGUACAUCAGGAAGCACUAGCUGCAGCAUUUGGGAAUGGUUUGUCGACUGCUUGUGUCGUCAACAUUGGUGCUCAAGUUACACAAGUAGUUUGUGUCGAGGAUGGAGUAGCCUUGCCCCACACAGCUUUGGCACUUCCAUAUGGUGGAGAUGACAUAUCCAGAUGCCUACUUUGGGUUCAACAUCGCCACCACACGUGGCCAAAUUUCAAAACUGAUCCCAUGAAGAAGCCCAUAGAUAUGCUAAUGCUCAACAAAAUAAAAGAGGCAUAUAGCCAAAUAAGGACUGGAAGUUUUGAUGCUGUUGCGGUUGUUCAUUCAUAUGAGCAUGAAAAAUCUGUUGGGCAUCAGAAGACAAGGCUGUCAGCUCUCAGUGUUCCUCCUAUGGGGCUUCUUUAUCCUAGGCUUCUCAUUCCAGAAGAGUACCCUCCACCUCCUCGACCUUGGUUCCAAGAUUGUGAUGACAUGCUGGAAGAUACAUGGCAAACAAGCGACGGUCUUUCUGGGAAUGGUGGGCUUGGUGCGUGGGACAAUUAUCAAAUGUUACCCACUAGAUUGAGGAAAUUUGAUAAUAUUGGCCUCGUAGAAGCCAUUCUCAGUAGUGUUCUUUCAACAGGUCGUAUUGACCUCCAGAGGAAGCUGUUCUGUAGUAUUCAGCUGGUUGGUGGCGCAGCUUUAACAGCGGGCCUUGCACUAGUUCUCGAACAAAGGGUCCUUAGUACUAUUCCAUCAAAUCAACCAGUCGAGAAGGUCGAGGUAUUACAGUCAAGGAGAAACCCGUUAUUCAUCCCAUGGAAAGGUGGUGUGAUCCUGGGCGUCCUUGAUAUUGGCCGUGAUGCUUGGAUCCGUAGAGAAGAAUGGAUGAACAAUGGCGUUCACCCUGGGAUUCCCAGAAAAUACAGGGAUUCCUAUUUCCUUCAAGCGCAAACAAUGUGUUACUACAAUACAUAACAGGUGGACUGAGCAUGUGUUUUAAUUAUCUUAUAAUGUAAUUUCUGGGCGCGCAAGACUGCGAUAUUUCAGAAGGGGCAUGGAGAAGAAGAUGGGGAAGGCUUCUUCCCUUUAAGUCAGAAGUAGCAUCGCAGGGAUGCUUGUAAAUCAUCUUAGAGAUGCUUUCUGAAACCCGUUAUCUAUUUUCAGGGCGAUUUAGUAGCCCUCUGUUGCUUACCUUGUAAAGUAGAACAGAAGGUCUCUCGAUAUUUUUCCUGACUGUCAAGAUAAUUAUGGACACUUCUCAUCCAUCACAUUAGUCCUGUUCUGAAAUGCCAGGUUCUUUUUCAGUAUACUUGUAAUUUUGUACUAAUUCACAGACACUUAUUAUGGAUCGGAGGGGAGUAGCACAGAAAAAUGA